AUGUCCAAACCAACCAGCAAAGAUUUAACUCACUUAUUAUCCGAAGAAGCUAAAUCAAGGAAGAAUUCUCCUUUGAAAGGAGCUUUCAAAUACUUCAAACAACCAGGUAUGACCUUUUUAGGUGGGGGAUUACCAUUACCAGAUUAUUUCCCAUUUGAUAAAGUUACUGCUGAUAUUCCAACUCCACCAUUUACUAAUGGAUUAGGUGCCCAAGUUACCGAAGAAGAUAAAACUGUUCUUGAGAUUCAUAAGAAAGCUGAAUUGAAUAAAGGCGAAAAUGAAAUUGAAUUAUCUAGAUCAUUACAAUAUGGUUUUACUGAAGGUCAACCAGAAGUUGUUGGUUUUUUGAAAGAACAUACUGAUAUGAUUCAUAAGGUUCCUUAUGAAGAUUGGGAUGUUAUGGCCACCGUUGGUAAUACUCAAUCUUGGGACGCUACUUUAAGAACUUUUGUUACUAGAGGAGAUGCCAUUUUAGUGGAAGAAUUUUCCUUUAGUUCAGCUUUAGAAACUGCCAAUGCUCAAGGUGUAAUCACUGUUCCCGUUCCAAUGGAUGCAGAAGGUAUUUUACCAGAUGCUUUGGAUAAACAAUUGGACCAAUGGGUUGGUCCAAAACCAAAAUUAUUAUAUACAAUUUGUACUGGUCAAAAUCCAACUGGUUCAUGUAUCGAUGCUGAAAGAAGAAAAAAAAUCUAUGAUUUGGCAGUUAAACAUGAUUUCAUUAUAGUUGAAGAUGAACCUUAUUAUUUCUUACAAAUGGAAACUUAUACUACGGAUGAAUCGGCUAGAAAGGGUAAGCAACCUCAUAGUCACGAAGAGUUCAUUAAUGCCUUGGUUCCUUCAUACUUAUCAAUGGAUGUCGAAGGAAGAGUCAUCAGAUUAGACUCCUUCUCAAAAGUCUUAGCACCAGGUUUGAGAUUCGGUUGGAUUGUUGGUCAAGCUAAGCUUUUGGAAAGAUUCCUUAGAAUUCACGAAGUUUCUAUUCAAUGUCCUUCUGGUUUAACCCAAUCUUUAACCAAUGGACUAUUACAGAAGUGGGGCCAUAAAGGUUACUUGGACUGGUUAAUUGGUUUAAGAUCAGAAUACACUCAUAAAAGAGAUGUUGCAAUAGAUGCAGUCAUCAAAUAUUUCCCCAAGGAAAUCAUCUCUUUUGUGCCCCCAGUUGCUGGUAUGUUCUUUACAGUUACUUUAGAUGCCUCCAAACAUCCUAAGUUUAAGGAAUUGGGUGAAGAUGCUCAAAAAAUCGAAGACUUAGUCUAUGAACAAGGUUUAAAACAGGGUUGUUUAAUGAUCCCUGGCUCCUGGUUCAAAUCUGAAGGUAAAACAAACCCUCCUCAACCUGAAUUACCAGAAAACCCCGAUACUAAAAACACCUUCUUCUUUAGAGGUACUUACGCUGCAGUUCCUUUGGAUCAAUUGGUUAUCGGUUUAGAAAAAUUCGGUAAAGCCGUCAAAAUAGAAUACAACCUUUAGGUAAGUUCAUUAAUAUAUAGAUUUCUUUACUAUCAAAAUGUCA